AUGGUUGAAUCAAUGAUUCUUUCCAGAAAAAUGAUCAAGCCCUCCUCCCCCACCGAUAUUAGUCGUCACAAUCUUUCUUUCAUUGAUCAUAUAGCUAGUUCUGCAUAUGUUCCAGUUGCCGCCUUCUACUCCAAACCUGAAAAUAACAUAAGCCAGAUUCUUGAAAACUCCCUUUCAAGAGUAUUGUCCUCUUAUUAUCCCUUUGCCGGAAUAAUCAUGGAUAAUAAAUAUGUCGACUGCAACGACACAGGUGCUGAGUUUCUCAAUGUGCGAAUCAGUUGUCCAAUGUCUGAAAUUCUCGACCACGCGUACAAUGAUGUUACUGAUGUUGUCUUCCCACAAUAUUUGCCUUGGAGUAGUUACUCAAACGGAAGUUUAUUGGUGGUCCAAUUAAGCCAUUUCGAUUGUGGUGGAAUAGCAGUCAGUGUAUGCCUAUCACACAAGAUUGCUGAUGGAUAUAGUCUUUGUAAAUUCCUUAAUGAUUGGGCUGCUACAGCUCGACAUGAGUCGGAUUUCAAACCAUCUACUCAAUUUGAUGCUUAUUCUUUCUUCCCACUAAUGGAUGAUCCUCCAGUUCUACGCGAUAUUGUGCGUGAACCUCAACGAUGCGUAUCUAGAAUGUACCAUUUCUCAUCCUCUAGUUUGGGCAGACUCAAGGAUAUUGUUUCAACGAAUUCACAAGUGCAGAAUCCAACUCGCGUUGAAGUUGCCACAGCACUGCUUCAUAAAUUUGGAGCGGCAGUAUCAAUGGCGAAUUUCGGCAUGUUCCAACCAUCUAUACUGUCCCAUUUAAUGAGUUUUCGCCCACCAUUGUCUCGGAACACCAUUGGAAAUGCUUGUUAUUUCUUUGGAUCAAUAGCAUCGACGGAAGAUGAAAUAGAAUUGCCCCACUUCGUUGCUCAACUACGAAACGCUAAACAAUAUCUUCAAGACAAGUCGAAGGAUCCAAAUACGCUAGCCUCACAUGUACUUGAAAAUGUCAAAGAGCGUGCAAACAAAUCAGAGAAGAGUACCAAAUUUGAUUUUUAUAUGUGCAGCAGCUUGUGCAAUUUAGGAGUAUAUAAGAUUGAUUUUGGAUGGGGUGAGCCCAUAAGAGUGACACUUGCAAGAAAUCCGAUGAAGAACAACUUCAUUUUCUUGGAUUCUCCAAAUGGAGACGGGAUAAAUGUGCUAAUCACUUUGAGAGAAGCUGAUAUGUUAAUAUUUGAGAGUAACAAAGAGCUCCUAGAGUUUGCUUCUCCACUAGUUUAG